AUGGGAACAGAUUUUACUCAUUAAAAUGCUAAUCUAACUUACUGGUAUAUUGAAAAAAUAAUAAGAAUUUUAAAAAGCACUUAUAUAGGGUCUGAUUUAAAAUUCUACUACAGUACUGUCUAAGAAUAUUACAAUGCUGUAUAACAAAGGAAAAAGGAAAUGAAUUUUGAAUGGCCAAUCUAUAAAGAUGAUUUCUUGCCAUACAACGGAAAUUUUCCUUAACAUUAUUGGACUGGAUUCUUUUCUAGUAGACCAGGUUUUAAAAAGCUAAUAAAAGAUUACUCAUCUAUAGCUCAUUCAAGUUUAAACAUGUAUACCUCUGAUAUUUUGACAAGCAAUUAUUCAUUAAAUUUGAAAAGUAACUACCCAUCAAUAGCAUUUGAAGUAAAAGAUAUGCUGAGAAAUCUAGCAAUAAUGGUUCAUCAUGAUACUAUAACUGGCACAUCUCCAAAUUUUGUCAUACAAAGCCAUGCAAAAAGAUUAGACACAUCACUUAUUACAAAUUCUAAAACCUUGAACUUAAAAUUUCUUGAUAAAAUUAAAGUUGAUGGAAUCAGCUCUGAAGACUUAUAUCAAUGCAUCAAUAAACUAUAUAAGAAUAAGAUAUGCCCUUUAGAGAUUGGAUAAUCUUCUCAAAUGCUCUUUGUUGUCUAUAAUCCUUCAGUGAAAGUUGCAAAUUACACAUAACUUUAGUUUCCUACAAAUAAACUGUAGGCAUAGGCUUGGGACAAGUAUCAAAACUAGUUCAUUGAUAUUGCAUAUGAAAUUAUCUGCGCAGGAAGCCCCUUAACUGGCUUAAACUAGUAUUCAUAGAUGUUUUUCAUAAUGAAACAGCUUAUGUUGUAGGUUAAGGUUUCGGAGCUUUGCAAUUCCUCUUUGAGCAUUUCAAACAAUAUGAUGACUAUAAAGAUCAUAACUUGCACAAUGAACUCCUCAAUUAUUUUCGGUGUAAAAUUUAAAAAUGAAAGUUAAGAAAGAAGAUUUGAAUUUGAUUUCAGAUUUUACACUCCUUAUAAUGGAUAUUAAUUAAAACCAAGCGGAAUCUAUGUAUUCAAAACAAGUGAUAAAGAUUCAAGCCCAUAUGUCCAUUCAAUCUCUUCCAUCUAAGUAUUUAGAGGAAAAAAAAUGCAAUAGUUUGUAAUAAGAUAUCAAAAUGAAAUGCAACCUCCGUCAAUAGUAAAGAUAAAACUAUUUCAUAAUUCAGAUGAGAUCGAAUUUGAUGUGUUUUUAGCUCGGCUAAAUAAAAACUUUAAUUCUCAAGGCUAAGAUGUCACUAUUAAUUGGAAAUCUCUGGAUAUUGAUUAAAAUGGAACCUUUUUCACUGACGCUAAUUCUUUUAAGGUUAUGAAAAGAGAAGUUAAUCAAACUAAGUUCUACAUUUACAAUAUGUGGAAUAAAUAAUUCACAGUUGCAUAGGAAUUUUACCCAAUAACUUCAGGGUUAUUUAUAUCUGAUUAAGAAAAUAGAACUCACUUUAUGGUCUUUAACGAUAGACCCUAGGGAGGUUCUGCUUAUCAAAAAGGAAGAUUAGAGUUAAUGAUUAAUAGAUUUGGAUUUACAACAGAUGAUCUUGGUGUCAGUGAUCCAAUGUAAGAUUACUCCAUAGAUAAUCUAGGAAUAAAUGUCACAGCUAAAUUCUGGGUAUCUUAUGCAAAUAAUAGAUUAGAAGCACUAGAAAAGCUUCAGAAAAGACAUUUAAAAAAUCAAAACCCCUAAGACACUUUCUAUGGAACCUAAGUUAAUUUUUAAGAGAUUUAAAUAAGUGAUAUAAACAACAAGAUAAAAUACGCGGCUUUUGAAAAAUUUACUAAUUAAUACUUAAUCAAACACAUUUAGCUAUUGCCUAUGAAUCAGUUUGAGGAUAUGUUUCUUUAAGUUACUAGAUUCCAAGACAAUUAGCCAAUAGAUAUUAAAUAACUUUAUGAUUAGCUAUGUUCUUAUAUCCUACUAGAUAAUUGUAAGAUGAUAUAGAAACUGUAGCGAGUCCACCUUGAUGGUCUUGAUAAGUCUGAUUAGCAAAAGAAUUAGACAUUUAAACACAAAGAUGAUAUUUAUGUUGUGGAAAACUAUAGAAUCAUAAUUUAAUGA